AUGGUUACCUUCCCCUCAGACAUUUGGGCCCCAGGACUUGACACAAACGUCAGGCGUAGAGUCACCUUGGAAGAAAAAGGCAUAACCGAAAACAUUGCUUCCGAUAAUCAUAAUAAUAAUGUCAAAAAAAGCAAAAGUAUUCCUGUCAAUAUUAAUACAAAUAUAAGCCAAACAGAGGUCAUUACCGACACCAACGUUCUUGUCGAGUCUCCAACAACGGACAUGCCGGAAUCAAGCUUUUCGAGCGAUUCAGCUAGAAGCCCUCCAUCAACACUAUCGGCAUCAAUCACAAGCACUUCUUCGAUUACAUCAAAUCACUCUACACUAAUUAACUCUACAAAUAAUUCUACAUCGAAUAACUCUACAUCGAAUAGCUCUACAUCAAAUCAUUCGAAGAAAAUCACUCACGUGCUUCAAAAUGUGACCAGGCUCUUCAGUAAUCAUCACAACAAUAGCCGUUCUCCCAGUACGCCAGGCGCUUCCCCUCCAAUAACGCCGAAUAGCGAGAAAGGAGAAUCCGACUGCAUUAGCGAUAAAAAGAGACUAAAGGUUAUGCUAGUUCCCAAGUGGAUGGAAGUGACUAAACAUCUUGGUUCAAAGUCGCUACACGACUGUGAGUUGGCAAAGAAGUAUGGUAUAUGCGAGAAGGGAUGUAUUGGAAAAGGUGCCACGGCUGUGGUUAGAUUGGCACACAAGUUGGACAAAUCCGAUUGUGAAAGGACUUACGCUGUCAAG